AUGUUUGCUGUCACCUCGUCCGAAGAGCAUGCUACUUCGGCAGCCCUGCGCCAGAGGUACCGUCAGGCGGGCGUUCGUUCAGGGUAUGCUCCGGCUGCGUUGACCAGGUGCUCCAACGCCAUCCUGACGAUGCGUCCAAUUGAGGUGGCGGCACAACACGCGGUGGCGACGCGUCCUAGAUUGCGAACUGCCAAUCACAGCGACGCGUCCCCUCAGCACUCGAGGGAAGAGACACGCCACAAGACGACAGAGGCCGAUCGUGCUGCCAGAGCACACUGGAGGGUCUCGAGUGGUGCCUCUUUCCAGGAUAACGUGUUGCUAGUCAUUGCGUACGAACACGUCGUGCUGCCGUUGUCUGCACUCAGCGUCGUUCAUC